UAUACAUGGGAGACACCAAACAGAAGUAAUGUAACAUUUUUAGCAUGUUAUCAAGCUUAAAUUAUUUUAUAAUCAAUUGGCCUUGUGAUACCCUAGAAACAAAACAGAACAUCAAGGUUAUCAGAUCAGUAUUUUAUGUACAUUCAAAUAUGAAUAUUGUAUUUGGACAUUACCUUUAAUAGUGUUAACAUGCUGUACAAUGUUGUUCAUGACGUGUAAAUUGUAGAUGCUAUCAGGAAAUGUAAAUAAGAUUUGAUUACAUCACUGCAAAGAUAAGUAAAUAAUGUUUAACCCAACAGGGGAGCAAUGACUGAAUUUUUACAUUUACAUUCUCAGCAGUAGUUUAGCCAUACAUGUAAAAUUGUAUUAAUAAAGCCUCUUUUUUUUAUUUAUUUAUUUUUUUUUUUAUGGAGUAAAUAUUUUUGUGUUAUUAAACAGAAAUCUGUUCAUUUGCUCUUUUUUUGAUGGAAGAGUAGUUGUAAAAUUCUUACACAAACUAAAUGUCCAAAAAUAUUUUAAGAGGGCUGACAAAAACGUAUUUAUUUACUGCAGUCCACAUAGCUAUUUUACUAAGGUUUACUUUUAUUUGUUAAUUUGUGUAUGCAGAUUUAAAUAUUCUGACCUAAAACACAAUUUAUGGUUUUAGGAUCUCAACAAAAUGGUUCUUUUUUCAGUUAAACAGAAUAUAAAGGAAAAUGAAUGACUGUUUUAUUAAACAGUUACAGUCACUGUUCAGCCACAAGCUUGUAUCAGAACUCAAAGUUAGAUGAUUGACCAACAGGUGAAAGGUUUACACACAGUUUACAGGAGUUAACCAUUGCCUCAGCCUCUCUGUGUGCCGGCAGCAUUAUGUCCUCUCUAUCUGUUCCUCCACCGGCAUGUCUGUUACAGCCUUUCACCGUCCCCCAGCGUCUUAUGCUUGGACCAGGACCGUCCAAUGUACCUGCACGGAUCUCGGCAGCUGGAGCCCAACCCAUGCUGGGUCACUUGCAUGCAGAAACCAUUGAGAUUAUGAAUCACAUUAAGAGUGGCAUUCAGUAUGCAUUUCAGACUCGGAACAGAAUGACUCUGGCUGUGAGUGGACCGGGUCAUGCUGCAAUGGAGUGUGCCAUCUUUAACUCACUGGAGCCCGGAGAAAGUGUGCUCAUAGCAGUCAAUGGCAUAUGGGGGGAGAGGGCUGCUGAGAUAGCUGAGAGGAUAGGUGCCAAAGUGAACACAGUUGUUACCUCUGCUGGUGGGUACUUCACAAAUGAGGAAAUUGAGCAGGGAUUAGACAAAUAUAGACCAGUGGUGUUCUUCCUCACACAUGGGGAAUCGUCUACAGGAGUGGUCCACCCCAUUGAUGGCAUAGGUGAACUUUGCCACAAGUACAACUGCUUGUUUCUGGUCGACUCUGUGGCAGCAUUGGGAGGUGCUCCCAUCUUCAUGGAUAAACAAGGUAUUGACAUUAUGUAUACUGGCUCUCAGAAGGUCUUGAAUGCCCCUCCGGGAACUGCACCAAUCUCCUUCAGUGAGAAGGCAUGUCAGAAAAUAUUUAACAGGAAGACAAAGCCAAUCUCUUACUUUCUGGAUAUGAGUUGGCUGGCAAACUAUUGGGGUUGCGAUGACAAACCUGUACGCGUUUAUCAUCACACUGGGCCUGUGUCUGCUUUUUAUGGUCUACGGGAGAGCCUGUCCAUCCUCACAGAAAGUGGUCUUGAAAACUCAUGGAAACGACAUAGAGAGGUCGCAGAGUACUUCCAUAAGGGCCUAGAGGAGAUGGGCCUAAAACUGUUUGUGCAGGACAAGAAAGCACGACUGCCAACAGUCACCACAAUAGUAGCUCCCCCAGGAUAUGACUGGCGAGAAAUUACUGGGUACAUUAUGAAAACCUAUAACAUUGAAAUCUCUGGGGGCCUGGGGCCCUCUGCUGGCAUGGUUUUGCGUGUGGGAUUGAUGGGAUGUAACAGCAGCAAUGCUAAUGUGGACAAGGUGUUAGAGGCCUUGGCUGAUGCUCUUCAACACUGCCACAAGAGCAGAGUUUGACAGCAUGACCAUCAUUGUCAAUCUUUUCAACCCCAUAUAAAGUUAGUCUUUGAAGUAAUACAGCUGUGAUAUUUUAUCGCUUUGAUAUUUUAAUCUUGGUGUAUUGAGUUAUAGGUACAACAUAAAAUUUUAGUAAAUGUGACUGAGCCAUAACACCCUUAAUCUGACAAAUGUGUUUGUUUCCAAAACGUAACCACCUUACAUAUGUAUAGCGAGAUCUUAAUUACUAAGUAUUACUUAUAUUUAAAUAAAAUAUGAGACUUUG